CCUGGAACGGGCAAUAUGGCGGAUCAAAGAAAGCAGGAUUUAAUACUUGUCGCCGCAUUUCAGAACUAUUCCGUAUAUUCCAGUCGAUUUUGUUCCUAGAACAAUGGAAUUAAGACAAAGUGAUAGUUGUGAUAUCUCGCAAUUACAUUACAAAGCAAAGCGCUGUUUGGUUCUCCGUAAUUUUGAGGAUGCACUGCAGAUUUGUUAUGAGGUGCUUGACUUGCAAAAGAUUGAUCACAGAUCAGCCCCUUCCAGCAACUCUGUCAGGUGAAAAUCCUCCUUAAGAAGCGGAAAUAUUUAACUUGCAACUCUUAAUAUGACUUCUUUGGCAGUCAAGAUAUUUGACAGUCAGUGUUAUUGUUAACAAGAACAGUUCCUAAUGCAAUUUCUGUUUAUGUAAAUAAACAUGAACAAACAAACAGAAAACGGGAUUACACUAGCACACACGAAAAAAGCAAGUAUUUAGCAAUGUGAAGGGUUUUGUAUUUACUUAAAUUUGUCCCACAGGAGGGGAAGCAUGUUAACAUCCAAUCAGAAAGCACCAAAUUAAAUGAGGUGAUGAUGCAGCCCACUAUCUGAACGCCUGGACAGGUUAAUGGUGCGAAUGUUUAGGCUAGCAUGCAAUACUCCAGGGAUGAUUCUAACAAGCUUUUAUGGCUGUAAUUUCUUAAAAUUGUUUCAGAUCUAGCCAGAGUGAGAUAAAACUUAAAUUGUUAAUUUAAUUUGAAUUGAGUUGUUGAAAAUUAAGCAGCUCGGCACUGGACCAUAUAUAUUUAGUACAAUUAAAACAGUCCAUGUGUAACUUAAAAUGUGAUGCCUUUGGUGCUAAGAAAUGAUGCAGUAUAACAUACCCCAUCCUGCUUUUUGAAAGUGAGAGGGGAGACUAACAGAUAAAUCAAUUAGUGACACCCAAUCACACAUUUUAUUUUCCAGUUUGUUUUUCUCUUGAAAAUAGGGAUUCAUCUGAACAAUGUAGAAUACCGUUUGUGGUUAUUGCAAUUCAGGCCUAUGCAGAAAUCAACCAAAGUCAAGCAGCUAUUGACUUUGCAACGAAGGUGUUUGGAAAUAUUGAAAGGUUUCCUUCAGAGGUGCUGAAGUUAUGGUGAGAGCAUGUGUGGUUAUAUCACUCCUUGAUUAAUCCUUGAGUGCUUCUCUUUAGUGAAGCAUUCUUUUCCCUUCACCUCCCCCUCCUCCACAUUUUAGUAAAACCCGAAAGUAGAAACAGCUUGUAAGCCACAUAAUGUUUUACCCAAAAUAUUCUGCUGAGAAAUGUAAGUCACCGCUUUUUGAAGAUACAUUUCCUUGAAUUACCUGUUUACAAAAAUACUGAGGAUAAAAAACAAUAUAAAAUCUGUAAAACUAAUUGUAAUAAUUGUGAGUUUCUUUUGAUGUUCAACAGCAUUUGUCUUCUCAUGAAAGCAUCAAAACAUGCAGAGGCCGUUGAAGUUGCUGAGAAAUGGCUUUGUUUUGAAGACAACUUCAGCCAACAAAAUUAUUUGGAAAUAACAGAAUUUUACAUAAAGCAUGUUUUGCUUCCUCAAAAUUUGAAUGAAAAAGUUCAGCAGUUUUUGGAGACAAACAGAGCUCUUACUCCUGAACAAAGACAGGUAUAAAAACUGAAGCAAAAUAAAUUUAAUGUACCUUGUUAUUGCCCUAAAUAUAUACAGUAAUAAACACAAGGAAAUCACAACUGUCCUGUAACACAAAAAAAAUGUUAAAUUACCAAACAUUUGUUUCAAAUGAAAAGACCUUUCAGUUUAUAUAAUACAAAAAUAUCUGUACAGUUGUACAGCUCAAUUCAGGUAAUUUUUAAAAAAGAAUAAUGUAAAUAGAACAUUACAGGAUUAAAAACACCCAACUGGCAGGAGGCAACCAGUUGGCUAGUUACAGACAUGAACUUGUGACAAUCAAACAAUUCCAGCCGUGGUCAAAGUGGAACUCUGUUGGAAUGAAAAUAUUUAUGCAUGUCUCACACCAGCACUGUCCCUACUCUAAUAACCAUGGGCAAAAAAUAGACUUGGGACACUGUGUGAGCUUGUCACACAUUUUAAACUUUUUUAUAAGCCUUUUCUUGGACAUCACCAGCUGUGUUCUUUUAAUUUAAAGCAUUGGAAUGAUUUAGUUCCUCUAUGUCUUUGCUGAAUUCCAAGAAAUUUUUUUUAGGUCAUGCUUGAUAGUUUAACAAUGGCUAGUGAGAGAAAGGUAAAUAUGACAAUAUAAUUGUAAAAUAGUAUAACACUAUUUAAGUUAAACAUUUUUUACCAUGAAAUACUAGUGAGCAGUUAGUUGUGAUUUUACUGUCCUCUCUCACUACCUGUUUGGUAUUCUGGUCAUAGAUCUUUUUGUUAGAAAUAAUAAAGGAGCAAGUAUGGAUGCUAUACAUGUAAUUCACUAAUUUUUUAUAACCAUGCAAACACCACAGAUAGAGCACUCUUACGUUACUUAUUGCCAUAAUUAUAAUGAACUAACAAUUUGUUAUUCUCAUGAUUAAUAACACCUGGGUGUCCUGUGCCUGUCGAAUGCAUGGUUCAUCCUGUGCAUGUGUAAAUUAUUGUUUAUUAGGUAGAAAGCUGUUCUAAUCUUGAAGCUGGAAGAGAUGUGGGUGACGAAAAAACACACGUUAAAACAAUGCGGAAACAAGGUAACUACCAACAAAUUUGCAACACUUGACAGAUUUUGGCUUCAAAUCUGACAGUAAUGUCGAUAUUAUUAGUGUGGGUAAUAGCAUGAUUUGUAGUGAUAUUUGGCAUAAAUACCACAAGUGAUGUUUCGAAAUUGUUAUACAUAACAAGUGAAAUUUGAGACAACUUUGAAAUAUCACAGGUGGUAUUUAUGACAUAUAUCACGUACAAAUCAUCUUAUUAUUUGUUUAUACUACUACCCACAAAAGGUUUGUAAUUUUCACAUGUAGGUAUUUCAAAUUAAGCUGAAAUACCACUGCUCUAAGCCAAUCAAAUUGCAGAAAUUUCCCAUGUAAUCGAUAUUAUUAGUGUGGGUAAUAGCAUGGUUUGUAGUGAUAUUUGGCAUAAAUACCACAAAUGAUGUUUCGAAAUUGUUAUACAUAACAAGUGAAAUUUGAGACUAGUUUCAAAUAUCACGGGUGGUAUUUAUGACAUAUAUCACGUACAAAUCAUCUUGUUAUUUGUUUAUACUACUACCCACAAAAGGUUUGUAAUUUUCACAUGUAGGUAUUUCAAAUUAAGCUGAAAUACCACUGCUCUAAGCCAAUCAAAUUGCAGAAAUUUCCCAUGUAGUAGUAUAAUACUGGUAAAAGACUGAGAUGAAAUUAAUAAAGUGCAUAUUCCUUCCCUGUAUUAAGUGGACAGUAGCCAAAGUCCCCAAUUUACUGUAAAUAAAACCCUUUUAAGCAGAAACAUCUAUUAGGCCGAUGUGGACACCUAAAAUGUGGAGAAAAUGGUCCUUUCUUCUCUUACAAACCUUUUUUUGCAUUUUUCUUUGGCCAGUUUAAUGGAAUUGUUAUAUGUUGUCCCUGUACAAGUUUAGUGUCAUUAGAUCUAACACAUGUUGUUGUAUUUCUUUAGUUGUUCACAGUGUAGUGGUUAUAAGGAUGUUGUCAGUUUUAAACAAGCUUCAGAGACUGUGCAGCAAUAUCUCCUUUAGUCUCAAGAAAACCAGCACAAUUCUCAGAAUACUGAUAUUUGUGUUCUUCAUAUAUGCCCUGCUUACAGCUACUGGAUAUCAGGGUGAGUUGAGUAUUACAUUUCUAGCUUAAAACUUGGCUUUGAGAAAGCUGGAAAGAUGCUGGAGUAGACCUCUAGUGGCAAGUGAAGUCCCUUAUUAAUCAGCCAAGGAAAUAUCUUGUCAGAGUAAGACUGGAAGGAGUCAUCCAUGUUUCAAUAAAUAUUAGUAAUAAUAUAAUAAUAUGCCCUACACCUCCCAGCACCAUCCCAAGGGAACUGUUUGAGCAUUCUACAUAGUUACAUGUAUGUUUUGAAUGAAUAACUUGCUCUGUGUGCAGCAAAUGCAGACUGGCUAGGAAUGGAGGUAAACAUUUAUGUUGAAUGAUCACUUUUUCAUGUUACUGAUAUUUUUGUGAUGGUAAAUCAUCAGGUGUUACCUCUGGCUCAGGGAUAUUUAUUUUCUGGCAAGCUGUGAAACAGGCCUGGAGAGCCAUGUUUAGUCCCUAUCAUCUGACAUAAAAGGUUCAGCCUCUACUAUGCAGCAGAAAGAAGGUGAAUGACCAUGGUCAAAAAUGAGACUCAUUUUGAGUGUAUUGGUGCAAGAAAUUAUGCAGAAAAGACUGAUAAUGCAGUUUGGCUGGAAAAUCACUGGUGAAUCCUGCAAAACAUUUCUAAACAUUACUCUGGCAAUGUGGUUAUUAAUUUGUAUAGGAAACACAGAGGUUCUUUGAAACUUAGAAAUUAUAAGUUUCUGUUAACAGGAAUCACAGGUAGCCAAUUCUCUUGCAAAGUGGUGGUGAAGGAAUGUGAAAGUUUUCAACUGGCUAGAAAAUGGAAUUAUUUACAUGUACAUUGUGCAGUUCAAGACAGUCGUCAAGAAGUAAUUCAUGAACAAUGUUACUCGUCCUGUGAAAUUUCCUUAAAGGCUACUCAGCUUUAAUAAUUUGGUAAAUGAUAACACUUUUUCUAAACAUUUCCGGUAUAAUUUUUUAUUUUAGUUUACACGAAUACAACUAAUACAAAC